AUCCCUGCAGUGCUGAGCAGUCCUGUUGGAACCCGGUUGAGAGAGACGCACUGAAAUGACCUCCUCCAAGACUUCUCCCCAGACCCUGCUGGACUCCUCCAGGUCCCUGUGCUGCCAUGUCCGCACCUCGGCCAUGGCCAUCGGCCUCGUCCACAUGAUGUUCAGCUGCACUCUGUUGCUGGACACCAUUGUGAAAGUCUCCUAUGGGAAAGACAGCUGUGGAUUCCCUCACCCCCCCAUCCUCUCCUUCAAGGAACGCGUCUUGGAUACAACCACCAACUUCUUUCUGAUCUUUGGGAUGUUUGUCACCGGUCUCAGCCUGCUGUAUGGGGUGCUCAAGCACCGAGAGGGCCUGCUCAUCAGCUUCCUGGUCCUGCAAAGCGCUGACAUUGUCCUGAGCGUUCUGUCUCUCUUCUACGUCCAGCUGGGGCUCCCAGGGACCCUCAACUACGAGGAGCUCCUCAAGAAAUGGACCUACUUGAAUGGUGCGCAUGAGCUCUCACCCCAGGACGUCAACAAGUUCAUGAUCAUUUUCUCCACCAUCUUCAUCCUGGUUCUGCUUAUUAAGAUCUACACCGUGAGCUGUGUGGGGAAGUGCUACAGGUUCAUCAAGAAUCGCAACCAGCCUCCCAGCAACAACGAAUGCAAGCCCAUGGCUGUGCUUCCCUCCUACCAUGAGGCCUUGAUGUUGCCCUCCAAAGGGGACCCCCCAGCCUACAAGGGACCCUAAGCAGCUGAGAGCGAUGGAGCUCCCUGCAUCUGCUUCUUGCCAGCCAGCCAGCACCGUGGUUUACUGUAGUAGUAUAGUAUUGUUUUUGUAUGUGUUAGCUCCAUAUUACAGCUUGCGUGUGAGAACUGGAUACACAGGGUGACCAGGCGUCCCGGUUUACAGUAGGGUGACCAGGCGUCCCGGUUUAGCUGGGACAGUCCUGGUUUUCCAUCAAAGGUCCCGGUGUUCCGACAUUUUGCUCAAAAUCUUUAAAAAGUCCUGUUUUUCAGCCACUUCCUGUAGCGCAACACACUCUAAAUACCUUGUGUCAAAAUAACCACUUUUAAUUUAUGGCAAAAAAACCCAAAUUGAAAUAAAACAAGGUACUAGGGUUAUCAAGAACAUUAUUUUUAUAAAGUGAUUAACACAGACAUGCAUGCUUAUUCCUCAGUGCACCAUGCAUUUUCAUUUAGUUUCUAUUCAAUAUGAAUCGACAAUUAUGUGUAAUACAGUCAUUUCUUAGCUGUUCAGACACCAGACAGAGGGAGGAUGCAAGCACCCGAACCCACCAGGUUAAACCACAACAACAAGACAGAGCCUGACGCAGUGAGCACAAAUAGAAACAAAAAGACAGUAAAAUGCCAAAGUGUAUUUUUAAUGAUUGAAUGCAUUAUUAUUAGUAGUAGCAGUAUUAAUAAUACUAAUGAUAAUUAACUCAGUAUAAAUGUAGCAACACGUAUAUAACACAAUAUGGUUACUUAAACUAAUUAGCCACAAAUUAUACACCCGAGGGUGACUGAAAUUCACAGUCUGCUUAAAAAAAAAAAAGAUACUAAGAGUGAGUGGAUGGCCAUUAAAAUAACCAUUAAAAUAGCCUAGAUUUAAAUGGUUUAAUUAAUCUUAUCAAUUACUUAACGCUGUGUCCUGGUUUUGAGCUUUGAAAAUCUGGUCACCCUGUGUAUACAGUGACCUGAGAGGGCCUCACUGUUUGUAAAGAGCCCUCUGCAGUCCAAUGGUUGUAACCAGUGUUGUGUCUGUAAUUCUUUGUUGUAGUAAAGCCCUUUUCUGUAUCGAUGCAAUAAAAUCUGCCUCUUCUUUCAAA